GGCCUCCUGUUCCCCAGAGAACCUCUGAAAUAGCAGCAGGUCUGGGUGCUGCUCAUGUGGAAUGAAUACGAAGAGGCCCCAAAAGCCCGGUGAAGUGGCCGCCCCUUGCCGAUACGGGGUCCUCUGCUGUAGAAGGUAAUAAGAGCAGAAAGGUCGUCCAAAAAAGUUCGAGGCCUGAAGUUGGGAAGCAGAAAACAGAGAGGAGACACACAAAGGAAGCAGCACCCAGCGAACCCUGCCGGAACGUGUUUGUGCAGAGGGGGUGCUGAGAGCCACCUCCAGCCUCGGGUGACUGCUGUAAGUAACUUUCAACUCCUCUCAUUGCCACACGAUGAAGUUCCUCGGGAAGCCCAGGAGCCGGACAGCUGCUUUUCUGUCUCUCGGUUUGUUCUUUUUGAAGAUUCUGCAACCAGGGCACAGCCACCUUUAUAGCAACCGCUAUGCUGGUGAUAAAGUGAUAAGACUUAUUCCCAGCACAGAAGAGGAAGUAUAUGCAAUGAAGAAAAUAUAUCACCAACUUAAGGUGGACCUGUGGCAACCCAGCAGUACAUCCCUGAUGUCAGAGGGAACAGUCACUGACAUCCACGUUCCCCAGAACAGUUCCCAAGCCCUGUUAGCCUUCCUACGGGACGCCAACAUCCAGCACAAGAUCCUCAUAGAAGAUCUUCAGAAAGCACUGGAGAAGGAAAGCAGUUUACGAACCCAGAGAAAUCGAAGAUCCCUCUCUGGAUAUAACUAUGAAGUUUAUCACUCCUUAGAAGAAAUUCAAAGCUGGAUGCAUCAUCUGAAUAAAACUCAUGCAGGCCUCAUUCACAUGUUCUCUAUCGGAAAAUCAUAUGAGGGAAGAUCUCUUUUUGUUUUAAAGCUGGGCAGAAGAUCACGAACAUACAAAAGAGCUGUCUGGAUAGACUGUGGUAUUCAUGCAAGAGAAUGGAUUGGUCCCGCCUUUUGUCAGUGGUUCGUAAAAGAAGCUCUUCAAACCUAUAGGAGUGACCCAACCAUGAGAAAAAUGUUGAAUCAUCUGUAUUUCUAUAUCAUGCCUGUGUUUAAUGUUGAUGGAUACCAUUUUAGCUGGACCAAUGACCGAUUUUGGAGAAAGACAAGGUCAAGGAACUCAAGAUUUCACUGCCGUGGAGUUGAUGCCAAUCGUAACUGGAAAGUGAAAUGGUGUGAUGAAGGAGCUUCUAUGCAUCCUUGUGAUGAUACGUACUGUGGACCUUUCCCAGAAUCUGAGCCAGAAGUGAAAGCUGUAGCUAACUUCCUCCGCAAACACCGGAAGCAUAUUAGGGCUUACCUCUCCUUUCAUGCAUAUGCUCAGAUGUUGCUGUACCCCUAUUCCUACAAAUAUGCAACAAUCCCCAAUUUUAGCUGUGUGGAAUCUGCAGCUUCUAAAGCUGUGAAUGCACUUCGGUCAGUACAUGGGGUACGGUACAGAUAUGGACCUGCCUCCAGCACAUUGUAUGUGAGCUCUGGUAGCUCCAUGGAUUGGGCCUACAAAAAUGGAAUACCCUACACAUUUGCUUUUGAACUGCGUGACACCGGGCAUUUUGGGUUUUUACUCCCAGAGAUGCUCAUCAAACCCACUUGUACAGAAACCAUGCUGGCUGUGAAGAACAUCACAGUGCACCUACUGAAGAAGUGUUCCUGAGAUGUCCCAAGGGCCAGGGAGUGCUGGUUCUGCACAAGAGCUACUCGGUGGUGGGUGGAAAUUGUCUUUAAAGUGAAGGGCAAGUGCUUAGAAUGAACAUAUCUGUGGACUUUAAAGGACCUUUUCAUGCCGUUUAACUCUGUGGCAAUAAAAAAUGGGGGGUGAAGGGAAGCAUAGCCUACUUUGUUGUAAGAAAAUACAACACUUUUAUAUCCCUUUCGAGUCUUAUUUGAUUAAGUGGGGGAGGAGAUAUUUCCAAAUUCUUUUGUCUCAAGCAAUGUGCAAACUGAGGAUCUCACUCCAAU